CAGGGAUUUAAACCGUGUGUCGUCAUCGUCCCGACAUUCAAACUUUAGAAAGAAACGAGAGAGGAACAACAGAGUUUGGUGCAGCAAAGUCAACGUUUCAUUUAAGAGGCUGUGAACACCUGGAUAAAAUGGCGCAGUUCGGGUUUGAGAAUGACAUCCACAGUAUCCUGAAGCUGGAUAUGCCCAUCACAAACGCUCCCAUGGCAAGGUGGCAGAGGAAGGCCAGCUCUUCUAACGCCUCUGCGCUGUCGCCUGGCAAGUCUGCCAAUGUGUCUCUUAGUACAACAAAAACGCCUAGCAAAACACCAGGCAAAAAUAAAAAACAAACACCCUCUAAGAUGGGAGGCGACCGCUUCAUACCUACCAGAAACAGCAAACAAAUGGAUGUUGCAAGCUUUCUGCUCGCUAAGGAGAAUGAAACUGUGGACACAAACGAACACAAUGCAACAUCGGAAAACCAAAAGGCCAUGUCGAUGUCACUAAACGGAUACAACAUUGAAGAGGCAAAGAUCCUGCAUCUUGGAGGGAAGCCGCUGAAUGCUCCAGAAGGGUAUCAAAACAACUUGAAAGUGCUUUACAGUCAGGGUGCAACACCUGCCUCUGUCAAAAAGACACGGUACAUUUCUUCAACUCCUGACAGAAUCUUGGAUGCUCCUGAGCUUCGUAAUGAUUUCUAUUUGAAUUUGCUUGAUUGGAGCAGUUGCAAUGUUUUGGCUGUGGCGCUUCAUAACUGUGUUUACCUGUUGGAUGCCUCUCAAGGAGAGAUCACUCUUCUCAUGAAGCUGGAACGUGAGGAGGACUACAUCUGCUCACUGUCCUGGACCAAAGAGGGAAGCUACCUCGCUAUUGGAACCAGUGACUGCCAAACUCAGUUAUGGGAUGUUUACAACCAGAAGCAUCUCCGCAGCAUGGCCAGCCACACGUCCAGAGUUGUGAGCCUGAGCUGGAAUGACCAUGUUCUCUCCAGUGGCUCAAGAUCAGGACACAUCCACCAUCAUGAUGUGAGGGUGGCAAACCACCACAUUGCGACUCUCACUGGUCACUCACAAGAAGUGUGUGGGCUGCAGUGGUCCCCUGAUGGGCGAUACCUGGCCAGUGGGGGCAAUGACAACAUGGUGUACGUUUGGCCCCGUGUGCAGGAUGGCCCCGCCAACCAGGCCGUCCGCUGCUGGGAUGAACAUCAAGGAGCUGUUAAGGCUUUGGCCUGGUGUCCGUGGCAGCCAAACAUCCUGGCAUCUGGAGGUGGAACCAGUGACCGUCACAUUCGCAUCUGGAAUGUAAACAGUGGCUCCUGCAUCAGUUCGCUUGACACUCAGUCCCAGAUUUCAUCCCUGGUGUUCGCACCAAACUACAAGGAGCUGGUCUCCGCCCAUGGAUAUGCCCACAACAAUGUCGUUAUCUGGAAGUACCCCUCUCUAACAAGGGUUGCAGAACUCAAUGGCCACGAGGAUAGAGUUCUCAGUUUGAUUCUGAGCCCAGACUUCUCCACCGUUGCGACUGUUGCUGGAGACGAGACCAUCCGUAUGUGGAAGAGCUUUGAACUGGAUCCUAUUAAGAAGAAGGCCAAAGAGAGGCUGGCCAAAUCAACUAGCGGUGUCAUUCACCAGUCUAUCAGAUGAUGUGCUUUGUUUUAUGAAAGGAUUUUCUGUCCAUGCCGGUUGAGUUAUGCGCAACUGUUUUUAUUUCGUCCAUAAUAAAGAUAUCUACCCAGUGUUUUAGCUGUAA